AUGUUUGAGACGCUCGUGACGGGACUCUUAACCAGUGCGCUGGGUAGCUACAUCGAUCCUAAAUGCUUUAGUAGUGAUAAAAUCAAUGUGGCAGUCUGGUCUGGGUAUGUCGUGCUCACAGAAUUGGAAAUUAAACCCGAAAUAUUGGCGGAAAUCCCCGCAUUGAAACUCGUUCGGGGUCUUGUCGGGUCUUUGGAGCUCAAAAUUCCAUGGAAUCGACUGCAAUCGGACUCAGUAGUGGCUACCGUGGAUGAUGUGUAUCUAUUGCUACGAACAGAAGAGGACGUGGAUGCGGUGAUGCGGCAAAUGGACGAGUUUACAAUAAAGAAGAAAUUGCUGGAGGAACUUUAUGCGCAGGCCAAGAGACAAGAAGACGACAACAUGACGGACAGCAGAGAUGGUGGAUUUGCAGCUCGAUUGGUCAACAAGAUCAUUGACAACUUGGAGUUACAUAUACGAAGGAUUCAUAUUCGUGUGGAGGAUUACACUACGGGGGAUCAUCCGUUUGCUUUGGGACUUACGAUCGAGUCGGUUCAUGUGCAAUCUACCAACUCAAACUGGCAGCCUUCGUACGUGGAUGCGUCUAAAAGCAACGAAUCUCGGAUUUUCAAGAGUGUCGAGCUCAACCAUUUAAGCGUGUACUGCAAUCCGGAUUGUGAGCUGCAGCGGGACCGCCAGAUUGACUUUCAAACGUGCUCGCCAGAAACGUUUUCCAGUGCAUUUAGCGCUGCGAUCCCAAAGCGUUUUGAUGACAGACACGUGUCGCACUUUCACAUGCAACUGUAUCCAUCAGCGCAACACCACCACUUUUUGCUUAAACCGGUAGAUGCCAGUGCCAGAUUGAUUGUGAAUCGCGACGUGUUUGACGCGAAUGUGCCAAAAUUUGAAAUUGAUGUAAAUGUUUCCGAAGUAGCCUUUCGACUCGAGGAGUCGCAAUACUGUGACAUGCUGUACCUAGUGUCGGCAAUGCAGCUACCGGAUCAUUAUAUGAAGUACCAACGAUAUCGCAAGUUUAGGCCACAGACAGCUGUAUUUGAUGAGCCAGCGGUUUGGUGGAAGUAUGCGAUUACGUCAGUGAUUAUCAGCUUGAAAACAAGGAAGCAGCAAUGGACUUGGGAUUUUAUGAAAGAUCGUCGCGAGGAUCGCAAGCGUUACACGAGCUUGUGGCAGCAGAAAUCAUGGCACUUAUUGGAGCUUACCGAUGUAGACUACGGAUAUUCUGAUAGUGAAGACCAUGAUGAUGCUGACGAAAGUGGAUAUAUUGUAGAGAAUGAUGACCAGGGGACAAAUGGCACGCCGUCAUUCGACUUUGAAUAUAUGACAAAGCUCUUGCCUCUUGAGAUUGAUUCCGGGCUAGAAGAAAUUGAACGACGUAGGAGUGUAGAGGAGGUGUUGAUUUUUCGCUAUUUAGCCGAUCUCAGCGUUCGAAAAUUCCAAGCUUCACAAGCUUCUUAUGUUCGACGUCGACUGCCUACGCCUCCGACUCAUGAAUCUCAGAUCCUUUCCGAUACUGAUUCAGUAGAUACGGAAUUUACUGAGUCCAGUGUGCCGGCUGAGUUGCGGUAUCGAUCGUGGGGUGCGUGGAUUUUUGGCUGGACGUCUAAGCUGACAACGCCCUCUUCGGGCGGGGAACCAGGGCGAGUCCCUCACAAAAUAAUCCCCGAAGUGGAGCUUCGAGAAUUGUUUAAGAUAUUAGAGGAGCCUUCUCGGCGCUCGAAGAAGCGAAUGUACAAGCAUCGUGACGUUGUCGGGCAAGACGGCACUUCUGAUAGCGAGUCACAAACGGAACUCAGUGAGCUAUAUAGAGUGACAGUGGCGUUGCAGCGGGGAUCGGUAACGCUAGCAAGCGAUCCGGAAAUGAGCAAGACGCUACUCCGCAAUGAUUCAAGCUAUGGGCAAAAGUAUGCCCCAACUGAUUUCCUUCUUGGGACUUUUUCUCAGCUUCAGGUGGCUGCGGUGGCGAGGGAUGAAACAGUGGUUGUGGAUGUGUCACUGCAGUCUAUUGAAGCAUUUGAUGAAAGUGCAGAAAGCUCGGCAUUUUCUCGCCUUCUUAGUCGAAAGCAAACGAUUCGCCCUGUCGGUGACGGAGACGAUGUGAACGUUAGCAAGCUAUCUGGCGUCGUAUUCUUGGUCAGUUGUGAGAUAAAUCCAGCCAGUUCCAGCGCAGAUGCUUCGUUGUUUGUUCAUAUGGAGCCCUUGGAAAUUGUGUUAUCGCCUACAGCAAAAUGUUGGGGCCGACUUGCACAGUUUAUGGAUACCCCUGCGAGUUUGGGGUUGUGGGAAGAGUUAGAAGUUGCGUCUUUUAAUGAUAUUGUCAGCUUAAAGGCGCGAACAGAAGCUAAGCUUGACUAUGUGAUGAAGAAUCGCAUUGCACUUGCCGUUGAUUUCCGCAUCCAAGCACCAGUUAUCAUUAUUCCAGAGAGCGACAGCGACUACGAUUGCGCGCGACUCGUGGUAGAUCUUGGACGAAUAAACUUCAUGACUGACCGUCUCAGUCAUAUGGACAGUGAAAGAAUGGGCAUAGACCCAAAUGGUGGCCUACUAUCGAGCCGAUCGGCGCAAGGGUCCGUUGCACUACCAAACCCUUCCCAUUUUCAAGAUCUGAAUCAGACUGCAUCCUUCGCUCAGCAAUUGUAUGAUGAAGCCGAGAGAGGGGAGGGGGCAAUUCGCUGGAAGGAGGAAUUUUACGACAAAUUUAGCCUCUCUGUCGCUAACAUACAUGUGUUAUUAUUUCCAUAUGGAAAGACAAGUCGGGUUCAAAAGGAUAGUGUCGGAAACAACGGAACGGAUUAUCCGUCUGUUUCCUUCCCACCGUACCUCACGAAUAUUUACGACGACGACCAACAAAACGAGCUGAUCGAGCGUUUCAACAUUAACGUUACCGUUCGCAUGUCAAUUUUACCUCUUGACGCAACGUUAACACGGUUUUAUAUCCACGCAGAUUUGCCCGCGUUAACCUUCAAUUUAUCGCUGGAAAAUUACUUCCAGCUGGUGGCAUUGGGAGAUCGUUUUAGCUUGGCAAAUGCUGAGGCAGUGAAAGACUCAAGUAAAUACUCGAGUGAUGCAUUACAUGCGACAGAAGACGCUUUCAAUAGCACUGAUGUGGACAUGGCCGACGCAAAUGACCGAUUCGAGGCCAUGACGAGGGGGGACUUCCUCAGUACCUCGACACUAAAGAAAUUUAUGCUUGAUGGUGAAGGUGCCGAGACAAAUGCGUUACCAGACAACGCUGAAAACUCUGAUGAAAUCUCGAGUAUUGAAAGUGACGACACGUGGUUUAGUAUGACAAGUGGCAAUCCAGAUAUGAGUGCUGUAGUGGCAAGUGGAGAGCCCAGUGACCGGCAACGCAGCCUUCCCGAUGUCGUUGUGGCGGACGACAGCAGAAGUGUCUGCACGCCCCAGCGCUUAGAAGGAAGAACACGAAAGAGACCACGACCGUAUACCCCCAGCGGGACGGCAAAGCUUCUUGAUCGGAGAUUAAUGGUUUGUUCGUUCACGGUCCCACUAAUAGCGGUGCAAGUGAAAAAGCCUCGCUCUUCUGCCAUCUCUUCCUAUUCUUUAUACCGCUACGACAUGAGUGAUUUUGGUGACGAUUCUGCAGACAACGGUGCCAUUCUGAUGAAAUUGCAAGGGUUUCGAGUCCGAAUAGGACAAAAAACCUUGUCAACCCAAGUGAACGUGAACCUAGCGUCACUUGAAAUUGAAGAUUUUAUUGAUGCUAGUGGUCGUUCAACACAGUAUUUGCUGUUUUCAAGUCCUACAAUUGCUGCUCCGUUUUCAAUUAAAGCUCCAUUACGUCGAGGCGGGAAUUUCUCGGGAUACGCUACCCAACGCAGACGGCCAAAUCGACAACGAGAACGAGUUAUUUCUUUUCAAACGGGCGGUGCGAAAAGCAGCGACGGAUUGCGGUCGAGAGCACCCGAAACUUUGUUGGAACUUGGCUUCAGCUCCUUGAAUGAUCAAAAAAGUGGCAAAGAGGUGUUGAGGGAUGUAGAUCUACAACUCGGCUCGGUGCAGUUCAACUUUGACCAGACAUACGUCUGCUCUAUGUUGGAGCUGUUUGAGAAGUCAUCGACUCAACUUGCUUUGGUUCCACAAGGUGGUAAGGGUAAUGGCGAAAAUACGGUAUCGGACACAUGUGACGGUCUGCCGCCGCCUUUCGAGCUUACACCCACAAUCAAACAAGAAUAUUCGAUACCAGUAAACCUUACAGAGUCUGUUCGAGCAGAUUUGGAGCUAGCGAGGAAGAACCUAUUUGAGCAAAAACCUGAUCCGAAGAUUACAGCGAUGGACGGUGGGAGUUGGCCUGUUCCUAUCGCGCUAAAACUGAGUGUCCGACUACACUCUGUAUCUGUCUGUCUGUCGGAUCGUGGUGAAUCAAUGGCGUCUGUUGCGAUUCUUGAUUCUGCAAUACAGGUUGGUACAGAGAAAACUGGUUAUAUAAGUGUAUCCGGCACAGUGGGGGAUGUGAAGGUGUUCGACCUAUCCUCAAAAGCGCUACGAGAAGAAGGACUUGGUGUCAGCAGUGCGGCUGUGCGCGGAUCCGAGUCCUCACCUUUAAGGUACAUCGAGAUACUUGGGUUGGACACAUCAGCUACGUUCUCGACUGACGAAAGUAGUCACGCGUUGAGCUUCGAAUGCUUGAUCGCUACUGAAAUGAAAUGGAACUCGAAGGCCACAGCAGACGAUGAAGGGCAAAUGCUAGCACACGAUAGGAAGUCGAGUCUUACGGUCUCCUUGCAGCCUAUUCGUCUACUGGCACAACCAGAGUUUGUGGAGAGUCUGGUCAAUUACGUCGUCGAUGGGUCCCUCCGAGCCCAUUUUCAGCCCAAGUGCGCGUCUUUGAGAACAGAUGUCAUGGAAAGAGAACACAACCGCACGAACUCAUUGGGCUCCGAUUUUCAGUUCGCACCAAUAUCUUCUCCGAGUGCCGACCGCCCGCCAAAAAUCCCGACUCCCUUUUUUGAUGCAGUCAAUACCUCAAAUACGGAUGCUAGGCAAGUUAACUUUGAAGCACCGAGCGUCCUUACUUUCUGCCAUAGAGAUAUUGACGACAGCGACACGCAUGAAAUGAAAAGCGAUCAUGAACAUUGUAGAAGCGGAAACGAUAGGGCAGUUAUCAUUGCGCACAUUCUCGACAAUUUCAAUCUGGACAUCAGGUUAUGUCACCCAUGCGUCGUUCUUCCGGCCACUUCGUUGAACGACAUGCGAAUGUCGCUACUAGCACAGCCGUGUCGGGGGAUCGUGUUUGACUUUGGUACAAUAUCAUUCAAGCUGCGGCGGGAAGUAUCUGAGUGUCUGCUUUCGUCUGCAUACCCAUCAUACCAAACUAAUAUGACCGUAGAAGGUUUACAAAUUACUUCUCUCGCGGACCAAACUGCGAUUCUUGAUCGAUCAGGCUUCCAGAUGCGAGGCAGUAUUCCUACGCAGCCAACGAACAAGGAUUCCGACAAUGAGGGAAAGAGUAGCGUUUUACCAGAGAUUGCUGUGACCGUGGACAUUCACUCUGUUUGCAUUAACGUCAGCGAAACAAAUGUGUGUCUGGCUUUGGAAAUAUUCCACAAAGCCAUUGUUCCGAUUUUUGAUACAGUCAAAGGGUUAAUUCAAGAUGAGAGUUAUGAGCGUGCGUCGGCAGCAGACUCAGCUAUUCUCCUCGAUAACCAGAAAGAAGAUUGCGGUGACUUGAAAGUUGGUGUGCCUGUGUCAAGUGACGAUACGGCACCGUGGGGGCAGUUGACGGUUCACUUACUGCUAGAAGAAUUUAAGGUUGCGCUUAUAUCAUACUCGGAGGCUCCUCACCAGUUUGAGACGUGGAUGAAAAGUGUCAUUGAUAUCCCUGACGAAGUAUCUUCGCGAGAAAGCAGUGGUGGAGCUUCAUUUGCAGCCCAGGGGGGGUCUUAUUCUCAGCAUUUUAUGGGGCGGCGAGGGAGUUUUCCAAAUGUGAUUCCUUGCUGUGUCAUUGGCGAAAUUGCCUUGAUUGCGUUGGAGGCAAAUAUGGCAUUGGAUUUGAUGGACACCCAAUCACGGAAUAGUCAGCUGCAAUGGGACUUCUCCUUGCAAGAAUUUGUUAUCUGUGACAAAAUUGCAGACUCUACGGAUUUUUUGACUCAAUUAUUUGGGCCAGUUCCUGAAGCUUUUUUGGAGCGUAUAGAAUCUCGUGCUUCAAUUUCUGACAGAUCUUCGCUUUCGUAUUUGUCUAUGGACGAUGAUCUGCCUCCGUUGCUACGCCAUUCGACGUCACAGUCAUCAAGACUUGGCGUACCAUCCUCGCAGUUGAGUGGACGGUUGACAAGCAAAACGGGCAUUGUUGGCGAAUCUACUGUCACGACGAAUUCACUAGAUCUGUCUGUAUCUUCCGCUCGCCUAAUUCUUCUACCGCGGACUCUGCUCCGAUUGGAACACUUCGUCCUUGAUGUGUUCCUGGCGGCAAGUAAGAAGAGAAGUGAAUUGGAACUUCAGCGUGAUGCCGCGACGGUAAAAAAUUCUCCUGGAGUUGAGGGUUGUACAUUUGUUGACGCGGGUUUUGACCCCAGCGACAGCCUAGCAGAGCAACAGGAAGCUCUCUUUACUGUUCCUAUUCUUCGUCCAAGAAACGAUAGCAUAUCCGAGUCACUAAAAGAUGAUCUCAAUGCGGCUCGAUCGGCAGUUGUGUCUCCGUCGCAGCGUAUGCUAAGCUCAGCAAGCGCAACAGAAGGACGGUCCCUUGAAAACUUUUCGUCUGGCGCAAUUGCAGAAGAAAAUGGAAGCGGGGCGUCCGUGUCCAAUAAGGUUGAUGACCCCAAAUGUGCCUACAAAAAAGAAACCGGUGCGCUGAGUAUGAUGCGUCGGUGGAUAGUUGACGUUCGCUUUCUAAAUUUGCAGAUGUGGGUGGUAUCGACGGAUCGUAGGACCGAUGUGGCAGGAUGUGUGCUAUCGAGUCAAUUGUUCGCAAAGUUUGAUAGUGUACUUGGUGGACUCGAAGCAUCUGCUUCUUCUGAUUGCAGUGAUCUUGUGACUGCAUCGGUUCGAUGGAGUAAAUUCGGAGUAUUGGUGGGCUCGCCAACGGUCAGUGACACCGAGCAACAACAGCUAACGCAUCACACAGGGACACUUGUUGAAAACUUCGAAGUAGCUGUUCACUUCGCACUGCGUCAAUGCUUUGGACCUGCCCAUGAGGAAACUACCGGUCUUGACAGCAUUGACAAGCGUGACUCGAAUAACAGCAAUGCGUACCGCGGUCUUGACAGCAUUGACAAGCGUCACUCGAAUAGCAGCAAUGCGAAUCAUAAUAAUGGUGUUGAGAAUAGCGGUGACGAAGUUAGACCAAGAUCGUGGAUUAAUCAUUCUCCCACUAGCAAGGACGACUGUGCGGUGCAUUUACCCGAACUUUUCCUUCGAGAUGUGCCAUCGGGGUGGCGAGAAUGGAUUCUGAUGGAACCAACUGUGUGCAUCAACCAGAUCGUCGCCCAUAUUGCCUACCGAGACUUGCCACUGUUGUUGAAGAUUUUCGCGGUUUUGACCAGCAUGCUUGAUGCAGAGGAAAGAAUUCGCAAUACGUUUACUGAACGGCUAAAAGCAGCAGCGGACGAUCUUGACUGGGAAGAUAUACCUGAUACUUUGGGAAAUCAUUCAGAGUAUGCUCACUACUUUGAGGCAGAUGACGUCAGUGAAUUUCAAAUGGCUGAACAAACUGCACUGUUAACUUCUCAACCGAACGUUCUUACACGCGCGUCGAUUACUGCAAAAGGAGUCCAAUUUCAGUUGAUCAACAACAUUGUCGAUCAGGCGUCACCAGUUGUGGAAGUGGACUUGAAAUCAAUUGACUUACUGCUGCGAUCUGAGUCAAAUUUGAUGAUAGAAGUUACGGCAAACUGCAGUGCAGAAGCAAAGUACCAAAAUCUGCGUCUUGUGACGAUGGAACCACUCAUUGAGCCAUGGAGUGUUAAGGUAAAGCUCUGUCAGCUCACCUCACGUCUUCGUGGUUUGGAUGAUACAGAGCAGUUGGCAGUGUCACCUUGGAAGCUAGAUAUUUCGUCAGACGUUUUCCUCCAACUGAAUUUGACUGAUGCACUGAUUGCAAACAUGGUGGCUGCAGACCGAGCUUGGCGGUGGGUUUUCAACGCAGGUGGAGAUUCGCGCGAGAUGACGGAGUAUUCCACGUAUUGGAUUCGAAAUAAUACUGGAAUGCCUUUGCGGUACUGGGGUGUAUCUUACAACAAACAUUCGCUUGCUGCCGGCGACGAAGAACCUCUUCGGCUCAGUAAAGAACAGUGCGGUGGAAAAGGUAGUGAGAAACAGCAAAAAGGAAAUCGGUGUAAUACGUAUGUACGCAACCGCCAGAUUUUUAUCGCUGUCGAAGAAGAAUAUCCAAGCAACAGUCUGUCUAACAUUGCGAGGCAAUGGCAAAGUGAAGCACCCAUUCCAGUUGACCAAGUUGAUUCCCGCAUGUAUGCCUUGGUAGACUUCGAAGCAGACAUCACGGCCACUCACAUGAGGAAAUGCGAGUGUGUGAUUGACGUACUUGUAGAGCGUGGAUGCAAGUAUUUUGUGGUACGCUCGACUUUGAUCCUAGAGAAUCAAACUUCAUCCGAUCUAGAAGUAGAGUUUAUCUCUCCUCCAAUACGUUCACUGUCACAGCCUUCGAGAGUGGAAAAUGCCUCGCAAGAGCACAUUAUCCCCAUUUGGAGAAAGGUAGUUAAGGCCUCCUCCGUUGUUCCUGUUCCGGUGCACAUUGUUUCAUUUGGCGAAGGCUACGUGAUGGUGCGUCCUCCAGAGAUCGCUGGAGACAAUGCACCGAAGGCUUACGCCAAAGAGCAGGUGCACCUCCCGCUCUUUGAAAAAGGAAGCUCUUUUGCCAACGAGAACAUGGCGCAUGUGGAAGAUGACGAGUCUGGUCAGUCCCAAUGCACUAUUAAGUUUCGACGACUGUAUAGGGACCGGCCCGUACGUCCAUUCAUGAUGAGUGUUUGCCUCUCCAAUGCAAGUAGUGCACUGUAUCACCGCACGCUUUCGUUCCAUCCACCACUGAUCGUGCAUAAUCUAACCGCUGGACCGCUUGAUUUUUGCUUGGCAACUCCAAGUGAUUGGUCGCCUGCAGUUGAGACAGUGACUAUGAAAAAUUCAGGGAUGAAUGCAGGUUGGGAAACUUGCGAGCAACGUUUGCGUGAGCGAGGUACGAUCAAUGUGGCGGACUCGCUUGUUUGGCAUUUGUCGAGUGAGGAAACACCUCUCGAACUCAGCGUCCGGAUGAAAGGGUUUGACUGGAGCGAACCUCUUGAUCUCGAAAAAGACUUGGACGACCUUGUGCGGAUUAAAAUGAAAGAUCUUGUGAGUGACGCGUAUCUCUAUAUUACUGUCGAAAUUCGGAUAAGUAAGGGGUACUGCCGUGAGUUGUUUCUCUAUGUGCCAUACUGGAUUGUGAACCUGACGGGCAUGAAACUUGAGUAUGCAUACGAGGAAGAACGAAUGGGAAGCGAACAUAAGAUCGCGUUGUUGGCGGGACAAAAACGGCUAGAUCGUGAUGAGCUUCUACUGAAAGAAAUCCAUAGGACUAAGACUGCUUGUCGAGAUCGCAAUCCUCAUCUCCUUCACCCUGUUCUUGUUGAGAACCAGGAAUUCGCAGCUAAAGCUAAAGACUUCGGGCAGCUCCACAUUAUAUCUAGUCGUGCAUCUACUGAUCGGCGUGAGAGUGAGCGCAAGCGACGUCAUCCUCGACUUCUUCCGAGUGUACCACCACUUGUCAUUCCAACUAUCGGAUAG